AUGAGUUCCUUACCUGCGCAAUCCAAAGGACCUGUACCAAAUCAUAACAAUGAUCUAGUUCCAAAGUGCAUACAUGAGGAAUUUUCUUGCAGCAGUGGAGGCUCGACCAGCUCUCUAUGGUGUCAUUUAGAGUCUGCUCAUUGGACUCAAUAUAUCACGACAGAAGAAUAUCAUAAGAAAAAAAAGAAAGUACAAGGUGUUAAUAUUAUGGAGGCAUUCAGAAAGGAUUCUAAAAACUCUCCUGCUCCGGUGCUAACUAAUGCUGAUAACAUGAAGCUUCGUGAUAUGUUCACUGCUUGGAUUAUCAAGCGCCAACGCCCAUUUACUAUAGUCGAAGACCCUGAGUUUGUUGAAAUCAUACAAUAUUUAAACCCCACAGCACAA